AUGUCCUGUGUUGAGCUUGAGCGGAGGAAUGCCGGCCGGUUCGUCGGUCGGACGAGCCUCAGACAUGAAAAGACGACCCGCCAGAAGAAUGGAGGAGCAGCGGAGGGUCUGAGCUAUCAAUGUUAUAGGCACAGCUCGCUGGCCUCGUGGGGGCGCGAUGGAGCUAGUGCAGGCAAGCUGCAGCGCCCCUUGCUGGAUAGCAACUACAAAACGCUGAGCAAAAUGGAACGGCGGCCGGAAGCCAAGCCGAAGAAGGUGCGGAGGGGGAAAGUAGAUGUUACGCUGGAGGAGUGAGGAGGGCUGGGAGAGGCAGGCCAGCGUCUACUUGACAUUAACAAAUACAAGAGACCAUAUGAACCCCACGGGCUGUCGUCUC